AUGGCGGGGGCGCCGCGCUGGCUGGGCGUGAGCCUCUUCUCGGACCAGGGCGGCAGGAAGUACAUGGAGGACGUGACCCGGGUGGUGGUGGAGCCCGAGCCGGCGGGGCCGGCGGGGGGCAGCCCUGCCUCGGCGCCGCCGCCGCCUCCCUCCCCCGGCGGGGCCCGCUCGGUGGCCUUCUUCGCCGUGUGCGACGGGCACGGCGGGCGGGAGGCGGCCCAGUUCGCCCGCGACCACCUCUGGGCCUUCAUCCAGAAGCAGCGGGGCUUCCGCUCCCGCGAGCCGGCCGCCGUGUGCGCCGCGCUCCGCAAGGCCUUCGUCGCCUGCCACCGCGCCAUGUGGAAGAAGCUGCCAGAGUGGCCGAAGACCAUGACAGGCCUUCCAAGUACAUCCGGAACGACAGCCAGUGUGGUGAUAAUCCGGGGGUCGAAGAUGUAUGUGGCUCACGUGGGCGACUCGGGAGUAGUGCUUGGAGUCCAAGAUGACCCCAAAGACGACUUCAUCCGGGCCGUGGAGGUGACGCAAGAUCACAAACCUGAGCUCCCGAAAGAGAGGCAGCGAAUCGAAGGACUCGGGGGCAGUGUAAUCAACAAAUCCGGCGUAAACCGGGUUGUGUGGAAGAGGCCUCGUCUGACCCACAACGGUCCUGUGCGGCGGAGCACUGUCAUUGAUCAGAUCCCGUUCCUGGCUGUGGCUCGAGCCCUGGGAGACCUGUGGAGCUAUGACUUCUACAGUGGAGAGUUUGUGGUGUCUCCUGAGCCGGACACGAGCGUGCACACGCUGGAUCCUCAGAAGCACAAAUAUAUAAUCCUGGGAAGUGAUGGACUUUGGAACAUGAUUCCACCUCAGGAAGCCAUUUCCAUGUGCCAGGACCAUGAGGAGAAGAAAUACUUCAUGGGAGAACACCAGCAGUCGCUGGCCAAAAUGCUGGUGAACAGGGCGCUGGGCCGGUGGAGGCAGCGCAUGCUCCGCGCAGAUAACACCAGUGCCAUUGUGAUCAGCAUCUCUUGUGUGGGGAGCAAUCAGAGCGGCUUGGAAAGCGAAGAGGAGCUCUGCUUCAACUUGGCGGAGAGCCCAUCCUAUCACAGCCCAGAGACGUGGCCGAUGACUCCCUCGCGGUGCUCCACUCCACCCGUCAAGGUUUUGGAAGAGGAUUUGUGGCCACAGCUGAACUCCUCGGAGGCUGUUCCUUCACUUACGCGUACCAAUACAAUGUUUGGUAAGCCUUCCGAGUUGCCCAAUGAGAUCACCAAGAGCAACCUGCCCUUACCGGUUAUGUCUCCCUGGGAUGUUGGUCCGCAGGAAGAAAAGAACAGUAAAGCCCUUGGAUUGAGGGUACGAGAAUCAUGUGGCAAAAGCCCGCCAGGUACCCUCUCUCCUUCCAACUCUGGGAACACUGGCAUGGACCCAAAGGUCUUCCGAACACCUCCGGGUGAUCCAGCAAAAACCCAGGAAUCGGAGAAGACAUCAACAGCGAGCUUCAAAAGGACAUUGGAAGAAUCCAAUUCAGGACCGGCAGUCAAGAAGCCCAAGCGAGGCCUGUCCCGGAAUAUUGGAGUCCAGCCUGAGAGUUUAUCCUCCGCGUCCCAGCACAAAAACUCCAGCAAGCUUGCGAUGCGCCGUAGCCUACGAGGACAAAAGAAACUGGGAACUCCGUUGUUCCAGCAGCCGAGGAAAGCACUCUGUGUUUGCUGAAGGGUGUCUGCAGUGUUGCAGUUCACACCUGGCCAGUUUGAAGUUGGUGCAGAUACUUGA